AUGUUGAAGCGACGCGUCUUCCGGGUGACCAAUGCUUUACUCAGGGAGUGCAUGGCCGAGUUCUUGGGGACCUUCGUCUUAAUACUUUUUGGCUGCUCGGCGGCAGCUCAGGUAAAGACCAGCAGGGAGACCAAAGGCCAGUUCUUGUCAGUCAACAUGUCUUUCUCAGUGGGCGUGAUGUCGGCCAUGUACCUCACCAAAGGAAUUUCAGGUGCUCAUCUGAACCCGGCUGUAACGCUCAGUUUCUGUGUGUUGGGCCAGGUGCCAUGGAAGAGGUUACUGCCCUAUUGGUUUUCCCAGGUUCUGGGCGCCUAUGUGGCAUCUGCGCUUGUCUACAUGGUCUACUAUGAUGCUAUAAUGGAUUUUAGUGGUGGAAUAUUAACAGUAUACGGGCCAAAUGAGACGGCAUCCAUAUUUGCCACAUAUCCCUCUGAAUAUGUGACUCUGGCCAGAAGUUUCCUCGACCAGGUAGUGGGCACUGGCAUGCUCAUGUUAUGCAUCCUAUGUUUGGAUGAGAAGAGGAAUUCCCCGGCUCCCAGUGAAUUGAUUCCCGUUAUCGUGGCAGUCAUUGUGCUGGGCAUCUCCAUGUCCAUGUCAGCCAACUGCGGGGCAGCCAUAAAUCCUGCCCGUGAUCUUGGACCUCGACUUCUUACACUGACCGCUGGCUGGGGGGCCGACGUCUUCACGUGUUACAACUACUGGUUCUGGGUACCACUGGUGGCCCCCCUCUUAGGAGGUGUUCUAGGUUCUUUGCUAUAUUUAACCUUCAUUCACUGGCACCUGACCGACUCGGAGCCCCCGAAAGACGUGGACACGUCCUCCAUUGCAGGCGAACCCAUCAAGCAGGCCUCAAACACACCCCUAAUUGGUAUUGAGUUAAAGACAUCUGCCUUCUAA